CACGUGCUACCCCAUCUUCCAAUUACAGCGCGACUUCCGGCGAAUGUGCGGAUCCUCACGUGGUUAGGAUGGCGCCUGCUCGGUGUUGUGUUCCUGGGGAACGGCUCUGCAGUUUGGAGGAUUGUGCCCCCGGCUACGGAACCUACUGCAAACAUGGCUACAUCUUCUCCUCACUGUCCGGAUACGUGGUUAAGAAAAGUGACAAUGGAUUGAUGCCAGUGAUCUCCGUAGUGAGAGAUACAGGCUCCAAUCUUCUGCCUGAUGUCGGCUCCAUCGUGACCUGUAAGGUGAUAAGUAUUAACCCAAGAUUUGCUAAAGUUCAGAUCAUGUAUGUUGGUGCAACUGCACUCAAAAACAUGUUCAGAGGCACAAUCAGAAGAGAAGACAUCCGAGCAACAGAGAAGGAUAAGGUUGAAGUUUACAAAAGUGUUCGACCAGGAGACAUAGUUGUUGCAAAAGUUAUAUCUUUAGGAGACGCCCAGUCUAACUAUUUGUUGACAACGGCGGAGAAUGAAUUGGGAGUUGUGGUUGCACAUAGUGAAGCAGGGGCGACCAUGGUGCCCAUCAGCUGGUGUGAGAUGCAGUGUCCGAAGACUCACAUGAAAGAACCGCGGAAGGUGGCACGAGUGCAGCCAGAGUUCCUACAAACAUAAUAAUAAAGCCAUCCCUCUGUGUGCUUGUAUGGACAGUCGCAGUAUUUCGCCACCAUGUGGUUUCGUCACUUGUAUAUUUGUCUUUUACUUGCAGCAGAUGAAAGUUAUCGCAAUCUGCAUUCUAUUUCUUUGCCUAUGGAAAUAUUUUGAAAUGUCUUAUUUACAGCAAAAUGUUUUAUCCCUUUUAGGCUGUUUUAUUGUUAUAUUUUAUAGAGCUGACAUGACUUUGAGGUCGUAUACAGCAGGGGUUCUAACGAGAUGAGCGAACUUACAGUAAAUUCGAUUCGUCACGAACUUCUCGGCUCGGCAGUUGAUGCC